GUACAGGUCAAUGAAUGCACAGGAGGCUUUCGAUAGAACUAGGGCGAAGAGGCGGAUAGACCACUAUGCCUUAGCAGUCCCGUGUGGCAUGACCCUUGGGGGUCUCAUUCUGUUAGCCAUAGGUACAUCUACCAAAGCGUUACGCAUAAUAUGCGUGUGUCUGCUGUGUGUGGGAGGAUGCUCGCUCGUAAUGGGGUUGAUGGCUCUAUUCGCACUGUUUCUUCUGACCAGUGCUGUGGAACCGAGCGGCAUGGACCUGUCACGCCAACGAGUAGUGGAGACUAUCUUAGGUGCCUUCUUCGACACCUCAGCUGUGGGUGAGUAUGUGCAUCAGAGAUUGGGUCAGAUGACAGUGUCAUUGCAACUGGCUGAAAAGACGCGGCAACUGAUGGAGAGCCCGGAAAUGGAUGACAUCAUAUCCUCGUCCUGGCGAGAGUUUGUUGAUGGUCCUGACGGUCAACUGAUGACGUCACUUGGCAUAGAUCUGGAGGAAUUCACUCCCAUUGUACGACCCCUUUUGAUAGGUGUCAUUUGCGACCUUUGCCCCGCCAUUCUCGAAGAGGCGCGGCCUACUACCCACCGAUUGGCUCGCCUCCUAGAGACCCACACCCAAACAUUCAUUGCAGAGCGCUUAGAAGUGCUCCAUACGCACGCUAUCACACGCCAGAUGGCUUCGGCUGUGCGACCUGAGCUGCAGAUGAUUGUGGUGCAUUUCGUUGUGGCUGGAAUGUUGGUCGGAGUAUGCGCAGCAGCUGCGCUGUUGCUUAAUCUACGCAACUCCGAACCGGAUCCAGACAGCCCGAACUCCGGGAACACCAACAGUGGUAGCAUCAUCGUUCAUUUAGUCUGUCACGUGAUGAAAUACGUCGCCCCCUGUUCUGACGAACAAAUUGCGUUGCUCGAGUCCAGAUACUGAUUUUCCGGCCGAUCUGCAUUUUUUCCAAUCAACCGCACCGGCAGUACGGCCGAUUGCCUAAUCCGUCAGGUGUGAGAAUAAGUCAUGCUUCCAGACAUGCAUUCAUCUAUUUCGAGUCCAUCAAACUAUAGAUCUAUUUGCGCUAUUAAGGCUAUCUGUAGAUCUAAUUAUGCUAUUAAGGCUAACUAUAGAUCUAAUUACGCUAUAAGGCUAGCUAUAGAUCUAAUUGCGCUACCUAGUGCGAUCUAAUUGCGCUAUCUAGGGCUAACUAUAGAUCUCUGAUGACCGUAUAAGUCGUGCUCUCUCCUAGCUACCGACACCAGCAGGAAAUGCGAUCGCCACAUUUGCUAUGGGAUUGGACACGUUGCCUCUAGAUGUCCCAACCAGUCUCCGAACUCAC